UCCACCGAACGUUGUGUCAGCCCCGGGCCAGCGGGUUCUGCUACAUAGUUGCUGCCACAUCGUUGUUGCAACAUUUGCCUCGUCCCGGUUGCAGUUGCAGCUCUCGGACUUCCUGUAUCUCCCCUCCCUUGCUCGGCAGGAAUUGCAUUAACACCUUUCUUGCCACCCGUCCCCUUCCACUUUUGGCUUGACAGAGACGUGGCAAAGAAGAGGCGCGGCUCCUUCUCGGAAUCAACGAUUGGGUGACAUUUGAAGACACUUGAGUGCUGGAGUAACUCGGGUCAGGCAACAUCUCUGCAGGACGUGGUUAGGUGACGUUUCUGGUCAGGACCCUUCUGAUCCGUCUGUGAUCACAUAUUCUGUUGUGCUGCUGCAAGGUAGCAGAUGGCAGAUUGUGUGACGAAAGUUGAACUGAGCAUCUGCUGUGAGAACCUGUUGGAUAAAGAUGUUACUUCCAAAUCGGACCCAAUGUGCUCGCUGCUCAUCAAUGUUAGUGAAAACCAGUGGGUUGAGAUAGAUCGCACAGAGAGAGUUAAAAACUGUCUCACUCCAAAGUUUGCCAAGAAGUUCUUGAUUGAUUACUACUUUGAGCAAGUUCAAAAACUGAAGUUUGGAAUUUAUGAUAUUGAUAACAAAACCAUUGAUCUGAGUGAUGAUGAUUUCUUGGGGGAACUAGAAUGCACUCUGGGACAGAUUGUCUCCAGUAGAAAACUGACUCGACCCCUCUUGCUGAAAAAUAAAAGACCAGCAGGAAAAGGAACAAUCACGAUCUAUGCUGAGGAAGUAAAAGACAACCGAGUGGUAAAUUUUGAAGCUCAAGCACGGAAAUUGGAUAACAAGGAUUUCUUUGGGAAGUCAGAUCCGUACCUGGAGUUCCACAAACUGACAGCAGAAGGAAGAUGGCAAAUGGUUCAUCGAACGGAGGUUAUAAAGAAUAACCUAAAUCCGAGUUGGAAACCUUUUAAAAUCCCUUUGCGAUCUCUGUGCAAUGGUGAUUUUGACAGAAAUAUAAAGGUGGAUUGCUAUGACUACGAUAACGAUGGAUCACAUGACCUAAUUGGCAUAUUUGAGACAAAUAUGACCAAACUUCAGGAUGCAACAUACAGCUCACCAGCGGAAUUUGAGUGCAUUAAUCCAAAGAAGAAACAGAAAAAGAAAGGUUAUAAAAACUCAGGGAUUGUGAGUUUUAAAUUGUGCCAGGUCGUGAAGGAGUACACUUUCUUGGAUUACAUUAUGGGAGGCUGUCAACUAAACUUUAUAGUUGGAAUUGAUUUCACAGGUUCUAAUGGGGAUCCUCGGUCACCAAACUCGCUGCAUUAUUUAAAUCCAAAUGGAUUUAAUGAAUAUCAGAUGGCAAUCUGGGCCAUUGGAGCGAUCAUUCAAGACUAUGACACAGACAAAUUAUUCCCAGCAUUUGGAUUUGGUGCCCAAAUACCACCUAACUGGCAGGUAUCACAUGAAUUUCCACUUAACUUCAAUCUUCAAAAUCCAUAUUGUGGAGGGGUGCAAGGGAUAAUUGACGCCUACCGCAACUGCCUUCCUCAAGUCAGGCUUUAUGGUCCGACAAACUUCUCUCCAAUUAUAAACCAUGUGGGGAGGUUUGCAGCUGCAGCAGCUCAGCAGCCCAAAGCUUCUCAAUAUUACAUCUUGCUGAUUAUCACAGACGGAGUGAUAACAGAUUUAGAUGAAACGAGACAGGCCAUUAUUAAUGCUGCCAAGUUGCCAAUGUCCAUCAUCAUUAUUGGUGUUGGUGGAGCAGAUUUCAGUGCUAUGGAGUUUCUGGACGGUGAUGAUGGAGUUCUGAAAUCACCCGCUGGAGAACCAGCCAUCCGAGACAUUGUCCAAUUUGUACCAUUUCGGAAGUUUCAAAAUGCACCCAAAGAAGUUCUUGCACAGAGUGUACUGGCUGAAUUACCUCAACAAGUGGUGUGCUACUUCAACUCGCGCAAACUCCAACCUCCCAAUGAACCACCUUCUUAAUUAUCUGAAAGUCCGGUCUGACAAUAUAUGACCUGGAAGUAAAUUCAACGUAGUACGUAAAUCUUCAGUUCUACCAGUAUGUCUCCCUAAACCUUAAAUGCAUGAUAUAUAUAUAUAGGUGACAUUAAAUUCAUUCUCACUAACAUUUUGAGUAACUCCGAAGACAAUAUAAUUGGCCAAAUUAACUGAUUGUGUCAAAUAUUUAUUCAGUAAUUUAAAUUCAACUAAUUCAACAAAUUAAUCAUUCGAGACUGGAGUAACUUUCAUCUCAUUUUCUCUUUACAUUUUCUGUUACAUAUUCCACAUGUUGUCUACAUUUUUUUUAAUGUUAAUCUUUUUUUAAAUGUACAGUUUUUUAUAUUGGGGCCAAAUAACUUAAUAUAAGAUAGAUGCUUUUGAAUGCUUGGGGUUUUCAUAUUCUAGCACCUUAAAUAUUCAUUU